UAAAGGUAAUAUGUUAAUAGAAGGAACUGUUUGCGGACAUUUAAUGGCAAUAGCCAAUAGGUAUUAAAAAAAAAACCAAUACAAAUGAGCAAAUGGCAAUGGCAUUUCGCCACACUUUCGAAUGAAUAAAAACCGUAUAGGUAGGUGUGAUCGUGAUUUAUUUAUUUCAUAUUUUACCAUUGAUGGUCUUAGCCAACAAUUCACCUCGUCGUAUAUCAGCAACAAAUUUUCUGUGAAUUUAAAGAUAACCAAAUUGGACCACUGUAAUAGAAAACAAAAUUUUGAACAGAUUAUAUUGGAUUUAAAAAAAUACAUACCUAGGUUACUUAUAAUGAAUUGUGUUUACAAGCUUAGCAGCCCGAUUGUUACUUCAUUUGGAAUACAGAUUAAGAAAAUGUUUUCAAACAUCACUAAACCGCUAGAAGGAAAAGUAGCUAUCAUCACUGCAUCUACUGAUGGAAUUGGUUUCGCUGCUGCUAAACAAUUGGUCAGCGAUGGAGCGUCUAUCAUGAUUUCCAGCCGUAAAAAAAAUAAUGUGGAAAUUGCAUUGGAACAACUUCAAAAACAAUAUGGUGCUAACAAAGUUAAAGGACUUGUAUGCCAUGUAUCAAAAAAAGAGGAUAGGACUAAUUUAAUUCAAGAGACUAUUAAGAUCUUCGGUGGAAUUGAUAUUCUUGUAUCAAAUGCUGCAACAAAUCCUACGUCAGGCUCAGUAUUAGAUUGUGAUGAAGAAAUUUGGGAUAAGAUAUUUGAUGUUAAUGUUAAAAGCGCAUUUUUGUUAACCAAAGAAAUUGCACCACAUUUGAUUUCUAGAGGUGGUGGUUCAAUCGUUUAUGUCUCUUCAAUAGCUGGUGUCAAUCCAAUGCCGAUGUUGGGAGCAUAUUCUGUUAGUAAAACGGCACUUCUUGGUUUGACAAAAGUAGUUGCUAUGGAUUUGGCAGAGAAUAACAUAAGAGUCAAUUGUGUGGCUCCUGGUAUUAUAAAAACAAAAUUUGCAUCAGCGCUUACUGAAAAUGAAUCUCUCAGUGAACAUUUAUUACAAGAAAUACCUAUUAAAAGGUUUGGUCGUCCCGAAGAAAUUGGUUCUGUUAUAUCAUUUCUUUGUUCACCCUCUUCUUCCUUUAUAACUGGUGAAGUAAUUGUAGCAUCUGGUGGAAUGAAAUCGAGGCUUUAAUUAUGUACUUUAAGUUAUUGCAUUGUCAUUUUUAUCUUUAAAUUAAGAAUUUAAACAGUCAAGAUCUAUUUAUUGAAGAAUUAAUAUUCUAAAAUAAUCAAAAAUCUUAUUUAUAUAUAAUCUUAAUAGCUUUAUGUUGAGUUGCAUGAAAAAUUGAUUACCCAUUACUUUACUACUUAAAUAAAUCAUUAAAUGUUUAUUUUUUGUUUAUGCAACUCGGAAUUAUACAUGGGUACAUUGAUAGUCGAUAACUGGACUGGGUUUUCUAAAUUACGGUAUUUGGUAAAUGGUGACUGAUUAUAAGUAUUUUAUUUUCAUGUGUAUAUCGUUUUAUUUUAUUUGGUGUUUAAAUUUUGUUUAUGUAUACUUAUGUUUUUUUGGUACAAUAGUAAGUUGUUCUGGCAAUUUUUUUCUUAUUUAAUUUUAGUAAGUCUUAGUUUAAAAUUUUUUUAAUAU